UAGUCUCAUUACCUCAGUGGCUCUCUGUGGAGCACAUCUCUGCUUUUCCUCAGCUUCCUUGUGCUUUACCGUUAGCUCACCUGUCCUUGGUGUGUAGCUUUAUUUUGACCUGUCUGGUCUUCUGUCUUUUCUACACAGUACCAGUUGGUGUUGAUCUUUAUCUGCUGUCCACUCUGAGAGUCUUCUUGUAACUUUUUCACCUCUGGGUUUUCUUGUCAGUUUUGCCAUGAGAAUCUUGCAUACUUUUUUGAGGUGGAUAUGGUAUCACAGAAACUACAUCAUCAUCAUUCUCACUCCGUUGAUACUCCUUCCACUGCCACUCAAGUACCCUACAUCGGAAGCAAAAUGUGGUUAUGCUAUCAUCCUCAUGGCUCUGUACUGGUGUACAGAGUGUAUGCCUCUGGCUGUGACUGCCCUACUGCCAAUCGUCCUCUUCCCUAUGAUGGGCAUCAUGAAGGGUGCAGAGGUCAGUAUCGAGUAUCUGAAAGACUCUAACAUGCUGUUUAUUGGCGGCCUGUUGGUGGCCAUCGCAGUGGAGCACUGGAACCUUCAUAAGCGCAUCGCUCUCCGAGUUUUGCUGCUGGUUGGUGUUCGUCCGUCCCUGUUAAUGGUAGGCUUCAUGAUAGUCUCGUCCUUCCUGUCCAUGUGGAUCAGCAACACAGCCACAACGGCCAUGAUGCUGCCCAUCGCCCAAGCCGUGCUGCAGCAGCUGAAGACCACAGAGGCCCAGGCGGACGCACGAGAGUUCUCGGGUACGGCCGAGGACAACCAAGCAUUUGAGCUUGAGAUCAGUCCAACUAAAGGGGAAAUGACAGACGAGAAACAGCCACCAGACACCAAGGCUCAGCUGGAGGACCAAGCGUAUGAACAUACAGACUUACAGCAGGAGAUCAGGAGACAAGCGAGGGAGGCAAAGUACGAUCUCCUGACCAAAGGGAUGAGUCUUAGUGUGUGUUACUCUGCCAGCAUCGGAGGGACGGCCACGCUCACCGGCACAACCCCUAACCUCAUCCUCAAGGGUCAAAUUGACAAGCUCUUCCCUGAAAAUGGUGAUGUCAUCAACUUCGCCAGCUGGUUCGGCUUCGCUUUUCCCAACAUGGUGCUCAUGCUGAUACUGACCUGGCUCUGGCUUCAGUUUAUAUUCCUGGGCUUCAACCUGAAGCAAUCAUUUGGCUGUGGCAUAAAAACCGACAGAGAUAAGGAGGCAUACGCGGUGAUGAGGGAGGAGUACAACAAGCUGGGCGGCAUGAAGUUUGCUGAGGUGGCGGUGCUCACCAUUUUCGUUCUGCUAGUGGUGUUGUGGUUCACCAGGGAGCCCGGCUUCAUAGAUGGCUGGGCGACACUGCUCUUCAACAAGAAUGGAGCGUUUGUGACAGAUGGAACCGUCGCUAUCCUGAUGUCGAUGCUUUUCUUCGUCAUCCCCUCCCAAUUGCCAAGGUGCGGAGGCUACGGUUACAACGAUGAAGGUAAGAAGGUGAAUGCUCCCUCAACUCUGCUGAACUGGCAGGUGGUUCACGAGCGAAUGCCCUGGAACAUCAUCCUGCUGCUGGGAGGAGGCUUCGCUCUGGCUGCAGGCAGUGAGGUGUCAGGUCUCUCCAAGUGGUUGGGAGACAGCUUAGCACCUCUAGAGAAAAUCCCCCCAUACGCCAUCUCGUUGCUGCUCUGCCUGCUGGUGGCGAUGUUCACCGAGUGCUCCAGCAACACGGCCACCACCACCUUAUUCCUGCCUAUACUGGCCUCAAUGGCCACAGCUAUUAAGAUACACCCACUGUAUGUGAUGCUGCCCUGCACCAUCGCUGCCUCCCUGGCCUUCAUGCUGCCUGUGGCUACACCACCCAACGCCAUCGCCUUCUCCUUUGGCAAGCUUAAAGUCAUGGACAUGGUGAAAGCUGGCUUCAUGCUGAACAUCAUUGGGAUUUUGACCGUUAAUUUAGGCAUCAACACCUGGGGAUACGCCAUGUUUGACAUGGGCACCUUCCCUCAGUGGGCCAACAUUACACAGGCUCAACCUUGAGCACUGGAGGGCAGAAAGAGAGAUGGAGAAGGGAAUGACACUCAGUAUUUUUUUUUAAAGCCCCUGGAAACUUCAAAUCUAUUUCUCUAUAAUAUACGUUAUAUAUUAUAUAUAUAUGUAUAAUAUGUUCAUGACUAAAUAAGCAACAAUCUAAGUAAAAAAGGUUAAACUCUCAAAAACUCAGGUAAUGUGCAUUGGAGGUGGAAGUAUAUGACAUCACCUUUUUCUAAACAUGUCCCGCCUACUUCAAACCAGUGAAAAGAGCACAGAUACAUGCUGUAUAAUUUAAAAAUGGACACAGUGACGUCACCCAUAGCUUUCUGAAGAGACGUUGUGAGGCUCAGUGUGGUCGGCUCUGUCCGUCGCCAUCUUGGCAGUCCUGACUCCAGCGGCUCCCGGCUAAUACAAAAAUGGGCAAAGGCGUAGAAUGAACUAGUUUCCGAAACCCGACGCCUGUGACGGCACCCACUUGUCACUCAAAGCACUUAAUAAUGCAUAAGCCUUAAUAUAAUUUAAACUGGUAGUUAUAUAAAAAUGAAUCCCCCCGAACUGUUCUUGAAAUUAGCAAAAGACCAGGCUGUACAUGUUUACUUCUGCUGUAAAGUUGUACAUUUUAACACGGGGCUUUGUGAAGACUGAUCACUUCUGUAGUCAGCCUCAUUUGCCACAGAAGUUGCCGCUUGAGACACAGAAAUACUGAAUUCUCUCAAGUGAAAAAAACUGUUUAAACUUUAGAAGAAAACAUGUGUGUGUUCAUGUGGAUCCCAUGACUAUUAAGAAGUUUUAAGGGCCUCUAAAGGAACUAAAAUCCAUGUUGAAUUUCAAGAGCUGUAGCAGAAGCUUUGGGGAAAUGAAAAGUUGGUUACUUGGUGAAUGAACCUGAUCCAAAAUUAAAAUUUAGACCCAGUUUCACUCAGGAGGUACUACCACAUACUCUGAAUCAAUAAAGCAAACAUGUAUUACUAAAUAACCACAACUGAGAUAACCUGGGAACGUUUGUACACAAUGUUAGUGUUCAAUACUUCCUCGUGUCAUUCCAGUGACAGAACAAAACAAACGUGAGGUCAUUUCUUUGUACAAAUUUCCUCAAAUGUGAUGUCAUUUUAUUAAUCGAUUUAUCAGUCUCAAAUGAUGCAAAGAUGCACAAUACUGUAUGUUUGAGUGAUUAUUUAAAAUACUUUGAUUGUUCUGAGUAAGGUUGUGUUUAAAGACAAUAUGUAAAUUAGCUCAAAUUGAAUUAAUUGUAUCAGUUAAUUUAACUUAUUACUGUGGUCCUUAUGUUGGACCUUAAGUAUUUGUUUUUCUGUUGUAUAUUUUGUUUUUUAUCAGUGUUUUUGUCACACUGUUUUUACCAUGAACAAGCAUCGACUUUCCUAUCUUGUAAGUGUGUGACAGACUUUAGCUGAUUAUUUCUAUAACUCCGUAGAUGAAAACAGGUGAAAGCUUAUAAAGGAAUAGUUGGUAUUUUGGGAAAUACGCUUAUUCACUUUCUUUCAGAGGGAAGAUUGAUCACUCUCAUGACUGUACAGUAAACAUGAAACUACAGUGAGCAACUAGUUAGCUUAGCUUAGCUUAGAAUAAAGACUGGCAACAAGGGGAAAUGGCUAGCCUAGCUAAAUUAAAGUAAGCUAGUGAAGAUUAAAAUAUUUUUAUAAAUUUUUACCACAAACGUUGUGUACCAGAUUAUUUCUUGGCCUGGUGCAGUGACUUUCUGGAGUCUUGUUGUUGCCCUGCUGAGAAAUAGUCAUAAAACCAAAACAUGUUUUACACUUUGGUUUUUGUACGGAUUAAACAAACAAGACAUCAUUUAUUAAUAAGUGAGCUUCAGAGGUGCUGGUAGGCUCAUUUUCUUACCUUCAGACAGAGGCAGACUAGCUGUGUUACCCCGUUUGCAGUUGUUAUGCUAAGCUAAGCUAAGCACCUCUUGGUGCCAGCUUCGUACAGGCAUGAGAGUGAUAUCAAUCAAGAAAGCAACUAUUCCUUUAACAGAUCCACUCCAGUAAGUUAAGAGGAUGUAUACACAAAGUGCAGGUGACGGUGAAAAACAUCCUUUAACAGUGAGAAAGGAAGGUGUUACUAAUAUCGUGUAGAGUGAGUACAGAUAAAAAGGUUUAAAAUGUAUCAGAAAGAUGUCCCAGCAGAGUAAUGUGUGUGUUUUUUUUCCCACAUUACAUGUUUAUGGA